GCCCAUUAUUAAAAUGGGUUUCAAAAGGGUUUGUUCAUGGCUUAUGCGAAAGAACCCGAAAACUAGAAACUUUUAGGGCAAACGAUUUCGCCAUUUGCAGAGCUUUGUGAUUCGAAGGAGUGAAGACAAUUAUGGAGGCAGGAGACGAAGGGAUUGAGAGAGUAGAGGACUCCAAGGACUUACAGCAACAGAGCAAAGCACUCGACAAACUUACCGACCAUGUCGAAGAUCGUCAGCUCGAUUCGACUCGUGUUCAAGAGGCUAUGGCUUCGAUUGCUGCAUCAAAGGAAGCUGAUUUGAAUGCUAUGAGAUUGAGGGAGAAAGAAUUGGCUGCUGUUAAGAUCAAUGCUGCUGAAGUUGACAUCAUUGCAAGUGAACUAGAGUUGGAUAAAAAGGUGGCUGAAAGAACAUUAAGGGAACACAAGGGUGAUGCAGUUGCUGCAAUAAGGCACUUGCUUCAUGUGGGUAAUCUUUAAAUUCAACAUCUGUCUUGUUAUUUCCAAAAUGUUGUUAAACGUCAUUUAGUUUAUGUUACAUUGUGUCACAACUUUUAUGUUAUGCAAUUGAAUCCAAAUUUUCCUAAUUAAAAUGUUGUGAAAUUGAAAUGGAUGUUUUGUGUUCAAGACAAAAGAAUAGAAAACUGUAAAAUG